AGCGCCUCUACCGAAGUACGUACUGUACGAGAAACGCUCGCAUAUCAGUCCUAAUGACCGAGGAGGAGAAUCAAGCCCGGGGACCUGAGCGAUGGUGACGGCACACGGGCAAACACUAACACGACGGGAGCUCGGACGGUCUCGGGGGGGAACAAAGAUGUUUGGAGUAAAAACCAGCGACGCUUUAUUCAACGUUUCAGCGACAGAGCGCGCGGGAGGAGAGUUUAGUGCGGCUUCGUUCAUCGGCGGAGUUUCAAUGAAAAGUCUGCGAGCUGUCACGCGUUACGGGGUCCGACUGUAAACAGCAGUCAGCGCCACAGAGAAAUAGAGACACGCUUUGAGUUAGCGUUUAUUCUGCGUUUGCGAUAGUUUCUCGCUGCGCUUCUGGGCUUGUCGGUUCGCUCGCGAUGCAGGUGAAAAAGCAGAGGAGCUCCGAGGACCCUCAGCGGGAUGAUAUGAAGAAAAAGCCCUCGUGUUUCUCAAAUAUUAAGAUAUUUUUAGUGGCGGAAUGCGCUCUGAUGUUGGCACAGGGCACUGUGGGUGCGUACUUGGUGAGUGUGCUGACCACACUGGAGCGCCGCUUCAAUCUUCAGAGCGCUGAUGUGGGCGUCAUCGCCAGCAGCUUCGAGAUUGGCAACCUGGCUUUCAUUCUCUUCGUUAGUUAUUUUGGUGCUAAAGCCCACCGCCCUCGAUUAAUUGGCUGCGGAGGCAUUGUCAUGGCUUUGGGAGCGCUGCUCUCUGCAUUACCAGAAUUCCUCGCCAGUCAAUACAAGAUCACGGACACAUGGAGCAAGGAUGUGGGGCGAGACGUGUGCUCCAACACCUCUAAAGCUGACGAACCGUGUGGGAAUAGGGCCAACACCAACAUGAUGUACCUGCUUCUGAUUGGAGCCCAGGUGCUGCUGGGUAUUGGUGCCACACCUGUUCAGCCCCUGGGUGUGUCCUACAUAGACGAUCAUGUGCGGAAGAAAGACUCCUCUCUCUAUAUAGGCAUACUGUUUUCUACACUGGUGUUUGGACCUGCUUGCGGUUUCAUCCUAGGAUCUGUCUGUACCAACUUUUAUGUGGAUGCUUUGUUCAUCGACACAACUAAGCUGAACAUCACUCCUGAUGACCCCCGUUGGAUCGGUGCAUGGUGGGGAGGUUUUCUCCUCUGCGGUGCCUUACUCUUCUUCUCGGCCCUCUUCAUGUUCGGUUUCCCCCAGGCUCUGCCCUGCAAGGAGGUGGAGGGAGGUACUGAGAGCGAACAGGCCAUGCUGCCCUCGUCUUUACCCCAGGAUUAUGAGAAAUCCAAGCCCAGCAACGGAGUCCUGCAGAACUACCAGCCCAACAGCAACAGUCUGUCCUGCUGCCAGCAGCUCCGAGUUAUUCCCAAGGUGACCAAGCACCUGCUGUCAAACCCGGUGUUCACGUGUAUCGUCUUAGCUGCCUGCAUGGAGAUUGCUGUCGUCGCUGGGUUUGCUGCCUUCCUGGGCAAAUAUCUGGAGCAGCAGUUCAACCUCACCACCACCUCUGCUAACCAGCUGCUGGGGAUGACGGCCAUCCCGUGUGCCUGUCUGGGCAUAUUCCUGGGAGGAUUGCUGGUGAAGAAGCUGAACCUGUCUGCUCUGGGAGCGAUCCGAAUGGCCAUGCUGGUCAAUCUGAUCUCCACCGCCUGUUAUGUGUCCUUCCUCUUCCUGGGCUGUGACACAGGACCUGUCGCUGGGGUGACCGUCGCCUAUGGCAACGAGACACUGCAAGUAGGCCAGAGGCCGGAAGCCCCCUGCAUGAGUCAUUGUAACUGCUACACUUCAUCCGUUAGCCCGGUUUGUGGCUCCAACGGUGUGACCUACUUGUCCUCCUGUUUCGCUGGCUGCACCAGAGCCAUCAGCACCGGACUUCCACCUCCUCUCUCUCAGAAUAUGACGGGAUGCUCGUGCAUCUCCACAUACAAUGACUUCGCCACAGCUGUGCCAGGCAAAUGCCCGCGUCCCGGCUGCCAGGAGGCUUUCCUCACCUUCCUGUGUGUGAUCUGUGCCUGCAGCAUGAUCGGAGCCAUGGCCCAGACGCCCUCCGUCAUCAUCCUCAUCAGAACUGUGAGCCCAGAGCUGAAGUCAUACGCUCUUGGAGUUCUUUUUCUAUUACUGCGACUGUUAGGCUUCAUUCCUCCUCCUCUGAUAUUCGGCACGGGGAUCGAUUCCACGUGCCUUUUCUGGAGCUACGAGUGCGGGGACAAAGGUGCCUGUCUGCUGUACGACAACGUGAGCUACCGGCACCUGUACGUCAGCAUGGCCAUCUUCCUCAAGGUCGUGGCGUUCUUCCUCUACACAACCACCUGGCAAUGCCUGCGCAGAAACUACAAGAAGUACAUUAAAAACAACGAGGGAUACGUCACUCCCACCGAAAUGUUCUCGUCCAGCGUGAAUCUGGACAGUCUCGGAAAGGACAGCAGUCAGAGCCAAGUCAACAGGACUAAAUUUAUAUAUAGCCUGGAGGACCACGAGUGGUGUGAAAACAUGGAGUCCGUUUUAUAGUGGUUUCAAGCAUGGUUCUGCUGUCUCUUUAUUGUUAACUCACUCAAACUCUUCUACUGGGUCCAUCUUGUUUUUACAAGUCCUUUUAAAGGUGUUUCUCCAGUGCCAGUAAAAUGUUGUGGUAGUUAGCUGAAGGCUUCUACUUCAAUGCCUGACUGUGUAUCUGGUUUGUUAUCUUCACACAGCGGUGCAUUAGCUGAAGUCCUACACAAAAUGACUGUUUCCACAAUUUUUCAAUAAAAAAAAAAAAUAUAUAUAUAUAUAUAUAUACUAAGAUCAACCAGUUUAAUCCGCCAUCUAUCAUCUGGCUGGUUGAUGCUGGUUACGUUCUCGAUCCCCGUCCAAAUCCGUUAUUAUUAUGGGGAUCAUUUAGUACAUCACAACCAGUUUAUUGAUACUAAUUUAUAAUUCUAUUAUAUACUACAUACUGCAAUAUAUAUAUAUAUAUAUAUAUAUAUAUAUAUAUAUAUAUAUAUAUAUAUAUAUAUAUAUAUAUUUUCAAACAUUCAAAGGGGUGUUUGAGAGAUGUAAGUGCUUUUUGCAGCAUUUGCUUUCUGCUGAUGUUAAUUUAUAUUGUUCAUUAAGGCCUAUAAUGUCUUAAUUUGUAAAGGUUAUUGAUACUGUACAUUAUUAGCUUCUUUAUACAUUUGUGCAAUAGUGGGAGAGUGUAUUUGAUUUUGUUUUGGACGAUGAAGGUCGAUGAAGGAUAGAGAACGAGGCUGUUUAUUCGUAGUUUUAUUAAUGAAUUUAGGAACGCCUCUUUAUUCAGAUGACAAUAACGGCAUGUUUGGGACUAGACUUUGGCAAUAUCGUGACCUACAGUAUGACUGAUAUCAGAGAAGUAUUGGAAAAGGCGAUUUUAUUAAAUGGCAGAAGACUUUUGUCAUUCAUGAGUGGUGCUCUCUUCUUGCCGUAGAGCAAAUGACGUUCUGAAGAUCAGGCUGGGCCUCUGUAUUUAUGAGUUGGAUGAAGAAUAAAAUUUCAUACAGUUAUAAUGUAAUAUGUAAAGUGUGUUUCAGCUUCGGAUCGAGAUGAAACCGCUUUAUUUCACUUCACUGCAAUAAGACAUGGCACUGUGGGUUCUCAGCAGAUUAGAAAUAGAGCUGUACACAAAAGACACUUUGGGAUAAAAACCGUUCACGAACAUUAUUUGAAUUUCUUCUAAAGCUUCACAGCACAUCAUCCUUGUUUUACAGAUGUCACUGCAAGUCACAAUUUAAGCAGUGUACCUUUCGUAUCAUUUUUUUAAAAUGGCAAAAUAACUUUUAUUUUAUUCUGCAAAUAAAUUAUUUUUCAUAAAAUCGCA